UUGUCCUCUUGCUUUUGAAUUUCGUACAUAAAAUAAUUAAAUAAUAAUGUAGAUCAUAAUAUUGUAUAUAACCUGGGUCGAUUAUUCAAACAAGAAAGCAUAUCGAGCAGGGUGCAGGAAAGAGUUUUGGUUUGGCAGUAGCUAGCAAAAGAAGAAGGAACAGAGGGAAUAGUGAUAAUCAAAGAAAUGGAAGAGUUGGAGAGCAGCAAAGGAGGUCCAAAAACAUACUGUGUAACAGGUGCGAGUGGUUAUAUAGGAUCGUGUCUGGUCAAUACUCUCCUCCAAACUGGCCACAUGGUUCAUGCCACGACUCAAUUGAUCUCUAAUAUCACAGCCAAGUGUUUGCACCUGUUUUCAAUUUGGACGGGAACUGACCGAUUGAGAUUGUUCCAAGCUGAUUUGAGAGAGGAAGGGAGCUUCAAUGAGGCUGUAAAGGGCUGUGAUGGUGUUUUUCACCUUGCAGCUUCAAUGGAAUUCAAUGUUGCAGUGGAAGAUAACGUUGAAAGUUAUGUCCAAACGAAUAUCAUCAACCCUGCUAUCGAAGGAACACUGAACCUUCUCAAAUCGUGCUCGAAAUCGAGAUCAGUGAAAAGGGUUGUUUUCACUUCCUCAAUCAGUACUCUCACUGCCAUAGACAGCAAUGGGAAAUGGAAACCAGUUGUUGAUGAAACUUGUCAAACACCUCUUGGGCAUGUUUGGGAUGCAAAAGCAAGUGGAUGGGUUUAUGUACUCUCAAAGCUUCUCACAGAGGAAGCAGCUUUUAGAUUUGUAGUUGAAAAUGGUAUUGAUCUUGUAUCAGUUAUAACAACCACUGUUGCUGGCCCAUUUAUCACUUCUCAUGUUCCAUCAAGCAUUCAAGUCCUAUUGUCACCUAUAACAGGUGAUCCUGAACUCUUAAGGAUAUUAUCCGCUGUAAAUGCAAGAAUGGGGUCGAUUGCUUUGGUUCACAUUGAAGACAUAUGCAAUGCCCACCUAUUAUUAAUGGAGCAUGCUAAAGCGAAAGGUCGGUACAUAUGCUGUGCUCAAAGCUGCUCAUUAUCCAAGUUGAUUGAUCAUCUAGCGCAGGUGUAUCCAUGCUCAAAUUUGCAAGGAUGCAGAUUUUCAGAGGAUGAUCAUGAUAAAGUCCCAUCUGAGAUUUCUUCCAAGAAGCUAACAGAUUUGGGAUUUCGUUAUAAGCAUGGGAUACAAGAUAUUAUCCAUCAGGCCAUUACUUACAGCCUAAGCUAUGGUUUUCUACCUCCUAUUGGAAACCAAAUUAAUCGAUAGAAUGGACAAAGUGUAAUUUGUUAGCAUAUGUAAUCUAUAGAGAAAAAUCCAUAUACUAAAUCAUCCAUAGUAAUAGGUUUAUGUAGAUCUGGCACCUUGGUUUGAAUAAGUUAGCCAGUGCAAUUUGAUUCUGGUAUGAAAUCUACAGAUUCAUCUUCA